AUGGUGGCCAGUGUGCUGGCCGGAGGCGCUGACCGGAUCUGCUGCGCGCGGGGCGCUGACCGGAUCUGCGCGCGGGGCGCACGCGUGGAGCCUUGCGCGCGGGCGCGGCCAGGGCUGCCGCGUGGGGGCGCCGCCGGGCCGGGCGCACCGCGGUCGCCGGCCGCGCGCGGUGCAGCCGCGGGGCGCUCCCUCGCCCGGGCCGCCGGGACAGCCGCUGUGCGGGGCAGCCCCGCACCGAAGCACCCGUUGGGCCGCGAGGAGGAGGAUUGGGACACGGUCCAGCGCCUCACGAGGAACCGGCGCGCGGCGGGUCGGCAGGCGCUGCCGCGGUCCAACUCGACGGGGCACGGCGGCGGCACCAGCGACGGCGGGAUGGAGCGGGUCGCGCUGCGGCUCCCGGAGCACGUGCGCACGGAGAUCCUCAUGUCGCACAGGCUGAGGCACGUGAUGAGCGCGGUUGCGUCCGUGCACGUCAAGGAGGCUAGCGCCCUCGAUGCCAGCAAGAUGGGUGGGAGCCUCAGGAACGCCGUGGCGAGGCUGAUGUCGCUCUUUGUGCCGGGCGCCGGCAAGGCCGCAGACACCACGGGGGCGUCGUCUGUCCGCCGCCGCGAGAACUUAUUGCGCGGAGCAGGGGCUGAAGAGAAGAGAAGCGUCUGAUCGGCAAAGACAGUGCGGGAAGCCUCAAGCCAGGUGCCCAGCUUCAGCGCCAUAGAGUGAUUCUGUCCAAAACUUCUGAUGAUUCCAUCGAUUCUGUUCCAAAACUCUGACGAUUCCAUCAGUAGUCUGUUUCAGUAGCGAUGCUUCUUCCAAGAUUGGAGCAUCAUAGUGUAGGUUAAUGGAUGUGAGGGGCCAUUUUGGUUGUGUUAUCUUAUUGAUUAGUCCUCUAUGCUUCAAGAUAUUGUUGGGAAUAUUGACUUUAUUUUUAUUCAGAAACACUAACAAUCUAGCCAAGUGCAAGGAGAUCAUCAGAGAAUUCUUGAAGAACUAUGCAGCCUGAAGGAAAUUAUGAAGCAUGCUGCCAAAAAUGCAAGAUAGCCACAUUUAUGACAGGAGGCAAUGAGAUGCAUUGCAGGAACUAUCACCGCAACCUUCUUCUAUGGUGAGAAGCAAAUUGUAUAGGACGAUGUCUAUUUUUCUGAAUUCAUUUGUACACUCCAACAAUAUUGGUGGCAACCCAUAUCCUGAUGGAAGGAGGCAGGGAGCCGAGCUGUCUAUUUUUGCCGGUGCUGAGAGCAAACAGCGGCGGACUCACCGUCAAGUUCAACUCCCUACAAGGCUCCGUCCAGUGGUGAAAAAGGAUAUGAGAACCUAUUGCUUGUUGAGAUCCAAAUACCGUCAGUUCGGAAACCAUCAGUAAGUUUUGUUCUGCAGUGUUCAUCUGUAGUGUAUUCAUCACCAAAUAUUAUCAUACUGUCUUAGGUGGUAACAAAAUAGGCAAAUGAUUAUCGAUUAUAGAUUGAUUGAAUUUUAUAUUAAGGUGAUAUUUGCAAGGUUGCAGAUGGGCUUAGCAUCCAAGAAAUAUUGGAGAACUGGUUAAAACUGAAUGAGUUCAAUGAACUGAAUGAAUCCGGACAGAGGUAACUUUAUUUUUUCUUGAAUAUAAAUUUCUGAUUCAACCUGAUUCAUCAAUGAGCAACUGCAAAGAUUAGAACGUAGACAAGCAAAAUGAGUUCACCUCUUUGAUAUUUCAUCCUCAAGUUCUAAAACAUAUUGAACUCAGUCGUGCUCAAAAACUAGAGUGACUGAACACAGGCCACAUUCUCCCUUUCUAGCCUUUCCACUGCUUAUGUGAGAUUUCUCAAAUUUGUAAGAUAUUGCCUUUGGGUCUUAAUGCAAUGAAAACUAAGGAGGUAUAUUUUCUGCUGCU